GCGGCGGUCGUCCCUCCGCUCUCUAUGGUGGUUGAUUCUUUUUUCCCCGUGGGCCCCGCGUCUCUUCCUUCGGCGAGACGGGAAAUGGCCGACGAGCAGCCAUAAGGGAGCGGGGCCGCCGGGAGUUCCGCCCGCCAGACAAGAUCUGAAAUGGUCCGAUACACUACUGUGCUCCUUCAGAGACUCAUGCUUGCUGAUGAUGAGAAGUAAAAACUUUAACUUGUUAAAGCAUAUAUUUUGUAAAAAUUGGAAAUAUCUUGGUCACUACUAGUGAAUGGGAUUUGUGUUGCUGAAAGCAUAAACGGAGAAUUAUAAAAUAACUGAUUGACACAGACCUGUGGCUUGAGAAGAAGUUUAUCUACUGGGAAAAAUGGGUCGAUCUAACUCUCGAUCACAUUCUUCAAGAUCAAAGUCCAGAUCUCAGUCCAGCUCUAGGUCAAGAUCCAGAUCACACUCUAGAAAAAAGAGAUACAGUUCUAGGUCUCGAUCAAGGACAUACUCACGAUCUCGCAGCAGGGAUCGUGUUUAUUCUAGAGAUUAUCGCAGAGAUUACAGAAAUAAUAGAGGAAUGAGACGUCCCUAUGGUUACAGAGGAAGAGGUAGAGGGUAUUACCAAGGAGGAGGUGGUAGAUACCAUCGUGGAGGUUAUAGGCCUGUCUGGAACCGAAGACACUCCCGAAGCCCUAGGCGUGGCCGUUCCCGUUCCAGAAGUCCAAAGCGAAGGUCUGUGUCUUCACAGAGAUCCCGGAGCAGAUCUCGUCGAUCUUACAGAUCUUCCAGGUCGCCGAGGUCCUCUUCAUCUCGUUCUUCAUCCCCAUACAGCAAAUCACCUGUCUCUUCCAAAAGACGUGGGUCUAUGGAAAAGCAGGCAAAGAAAACUGAAGGGGCUCCUUUGCAAGAUAGCCCUUUGAAAAAUAAAUCACAAGACGAACAGAAAGAUACGUUUGAACAUGACCCAUCAGAAUCUCUUGACGAUUUUAAUAAAUCAUCAGCAGCUUCUGGCGACAUUUGGCCUGGCCUUUCAGCGUAUGAUAACAGUCCAAGGUCACCCCACAGUCCUUCUAUUGCCACCCCGCCCAGUCAGAGUUCAUCUUGCUCUGAUGCCCCUUUGCUUAGUACAGCCCACUCAGCAAAGGACACACCUCAACAUUCCCAUUCCAUUCAGCAUAGUCCUGAGAGGUCUGGCUCUGGUUCCGUUGGAAAUGGUUCUAGCCGUUACAGUCCUUCUCAGAAUAGCCCAUUGCAUCACGUCCCUUCGAGGAGAAGCCCUGCAAAGACAAUCCCAUCACAGAGUGCUCCCCGUGAGGAGCCUCGAACACGUUCAUUUUAUCCCGAGACUGGGGAACAGGAAACUGUAAAAGGUGGAAAGUUUCUGAAAAGGUACACAGAUGAAGAGUCUAGAGUAUACCUGCUUGAUAGGGGUAAUACCAGGGAGAAGGAGGCCCAGAAGGAGAGAGGAUCAGAAAAAGGGAGGACAGAGGGAGAAAGGGAAUGGGAGGAUCAGGAAACUUUAGACUUUUUCGUUGAUAAAGAGACUGGGAAAGAGAAGUUUAAUGACUCUGAAGGGGAGGACACAGAGGAGACAGAGGAUUACAGACAGUUCAGAAAGUCUGUCCUGGCAGAUCAGGGUAAAAAUUUUCCUACUGCAUCUCACCGGAAUGCUGAGGAGGAAGGAACCAAAUACAAAUCUAAAGUAACAAUGAAGGGCAAUAGAGAGAGCGAUGGAUUUAGAGAUGAGAAAAGUUAUAAGCCUAAAGAGACUGGCUAUAUAGCGGAAAGGCCUAGUACAACAAAAGAUAAGCACAAGGACGAAGACAAGAGUUCUGAGAGACUAACGAUGAAGAAAGAAACUCAGUCACCUGAGCAGGUAAAGUCUGAAAAGCUCAAAGAACUCUUUGAUUACAGUCCCCCUCUACACAAGAAUCUGGAUGCGAGAGAAAAAUCCACCUUCAGAGAGGAGAGCCCACUUAGGAUCAAAAUGAUAGCCAGUGACUCCCAUCGUCCUGAAGUUAAACUCAAAAUGGCACCAGUACCUCUUGACGAUUCCAAUAGACCUGCUUCCUUGACUAAAGACAGGCUGCUUGCUAGCACACUUGUCCAUUCCAUCAAGAAGGAGCAAGAGUUCAGAUCCAUCUUUGACCACAUUAAGCUGCCACAGGCCAGCAAAAGCACGUCAGAGUCAUUUAUUCAGCAUAUAGUGUCCUUGGUUCAUCAUGUCAAAGAGCAAUACUUCAAGUCAGCUGGAAUGACCCUAAAUGAGAGGUUCACUGCAUAUCAAAAAGCAACUGAAGAGCACUGCACUCGGCAAAAGAGCCCAGAAAUACAUAGGAGGAUUGACAUCUCUCCAAGUGCCCUGAGGAAGCAUACCCGUUUAGCAGGUGAAGAGAGGGUCUUUAAAGAAGAAAGUCAAAAAGGAGAUAAAAAAUUAAGAUGUGAUUCUGCUGAUCUUCGGCAUGACAUUGACCGCCGUAGAAAAGAGCGAAGUAAAGAGCGAGGAGACUCAAAGGGCUCCAGGGAAUCCAGUGGGUCAAGAAAGCAGGAGAAAACUUCAAAAGAUUACAAGGAUUACAAAUCUUAUAAAGAUGACAGUAAGCAAAAAAGAGAGCAAGACCGUGCUAGAUCUUCUCCAUCUUCCUCUCCAUCUGCUUCUUCAUCCAGUUCUCGAGAAGAAAAGGAUUGCAAGAAAGAAAGAGAUGAAGAGUUCAAAACUCACCACGAACAGAAAGAAUACUCUGGUUUUGCAGGAGUCAGCAGGCCAAGAGGCACCUUUUUUCGAAUUAGGGGCAGAGGAAGAGCCAGAGGAGUCUUUGCUGGAACAAAUACUGGUCCCAGCAACUCAAAUACUACUUUUCAAAAGAGACCGAAGGAAGAGGAGUGGGAUCCUGAAUAUACCCCAAAAAGCAAGAAAUAUUUCUUGCAUGAUGACAGAGAUGAUGGUGUGGAUUAUUGGGCCAAACGAGGAAGGGGCCGUGGUACUUUCCAGCGUGGCAGAGGGCGUUUUAACUUCAAAAAGUCAGGUAGCAGUCCGAAGUGGACACAUGACAAAUACCAAGGGGAUGGGAUUGUGGAAGAUGAAGAAGAAACGAUGGAGAACAACGAAGAAAAGGACAGACGCAAGGAGGAAAAGGAAUAACCCUGGAAGAAAGCUGAAAGAGCAGCUUUUGCACCACCCACACAACAUUUUUAAUAUGUUCUUUUUGUUGUCAAAUGAAUGUAAGCAUUUUACUUAAAUUUUACUGUUGGAAGUAGUUUAGAAGGAUUGUUUUUCUGUUUUAAGCCUUUAGGAAAAAAAAUCUUGAUAUAGUAAACUAUGUUAAUGAUCGUACAGUUAGAAAGUAAAAUAUUUGUAACAACUUUUAAGAAAUUUUACUGUUUGUUAUAUGCAGUGUAAUUCUGCUUUGUCCAAAUACAUGGUCAAGUACAACUCUUAAAAGUUUUGAUUCUCCCCUAUGUCUGUGUUUUAUUCUGAAGUAAACUUCCAGCUCUGCACACCUGAAA